AAAUGAAGGCCGGGUACCGGAUAGAGCAGUGUGCAAAGGCUGAAGAUAAUAAUAUACCCCGUCCUGUCUUUUCCUUCGUUCGUUCCUGAUCUGCCUUUGAGAUUGAGAAAGUCCGUGUAACCAUCAACCAUGCCUUUCAAGCCCAUUCAACAAGCCAAGUGUCCGAAGUGCGGCAAGUCCGUGUACGCCGCCGAGGAGAAGAUUGCAGCUGGUCACAAAUUCCACAAGGGAUGCUUCAAGUGUGACAUGUGCAACAAGUUCCUGGAGAGCACGAACGUGACUGAGCACGAGGCUAAGCUCUACUGCAAGCAAUGCCACGGACGCAAGUUCGGACCAAAGGGUUACGGCUUCGGAGGUGGCGCCGGGGCUCUGGGCAUGGACAAAGGCGAGAGGUUCGGAAACAAGGAAUGUGAGAUGGGCAACAAACCAACAGGAGACUCUUUCAGUGGUGCUGCCAGCUCCAGCACAGGACCCAAGUGCCCUCGCUGUGGCAAGACUGUGUACGACGCUGAGAGAGCCAUUGGCGUCAACACGCCGUGGCACAAGUCCUGCUUCAACUGCAAUGCUUGCCACAAGACCGUAGACUCCAGCACAAUGGCGAUGCACGAGGAAGAAGUCUACUGCAAGACAUGCUAUGGCAAGAACUUUGGACCCAAGGGAUUCGGAUUUGGUCAAGGAGCUGGCACUCUCUCUAUGUCAUAAAAAUACUGCAUAUUUCUCACUUAGAUUUAACAGUGAGAGUCGAGAGAAUGUUUCUCGGCGAUCUGGAAGAAUGGGUGAAUGUGCGCGCAGUGUUGUAUGUUUGUCUGGCUACUCAGGUCAUCUCAUUAUAAAACAUGUGUAACUGCAGCUACCAUACAGCUCGGCAUUCCGUUUCGGGAGUCGUCACAAGAAAUCAGAGGAAUGAGCAAAAGCGUAAGAAAUUAUUGGAACUUCUUCGCAAGAGCCAGGUUCUAAAAGUAUGAGAAGCAGAGCCAUGAUUUGAUCUAUUCUUGUAUUUAAGUAUAGACGAGAGCUGUCUCCUGGUUUAGAGUGAGCGUUUCGUAUCCCAUCUAAGGACCUUCUAAAAGUCCCCCACCUCGUGAUACACCAAAAAGACAUUGCUUAGCACCAAUGAGAAAA